UCACAUCGGCUUUAAACUCGCGCUUUCCGGUCGCAUCGCGCAAUUCGAAAAGAAAUCAGACGUGCAUUUUGUCACGGGUACUAUCGGUGGCCGAUCGAUCGGAGAAGUGGCGAAGUGAUUACGCGACGCGAUUUAAAGGACGCCGCUCGCUGUGCCGCACGCUUCAUUCCCGAGGAUGUCACGUUUCAAGACGCGCGUUGCCGAGUCAUCGUUGAAUUGACGUAUCGACAGGUCCAAUCGAAUUGACACCGUCGCGGUGCCACGCCGUAUCCCAAGUUCUCCGCAUAUCUAAGAGAAAAAACAUUCACAAUGAAGCUCUACAUUCUAUUACUUUGCAUCGUAGCGGUUCUACGAGAUUCCGAAACGCUACGUAAAGGAUCCACGGAUUAUGAAGAUAUGUCCUUCUGGCUGAAGUCCGGCCAAGAGACCCUGCACAGGAUCCUAACGGAACAGAACAACGAGAGCCGUGCCAAAAACGUAAUCAUCUUCAUCGGGGACGGUAUGGGCCUGUCUACCAUCACGUCCGGCCGAAUCUACAUAGGUCAGCUCCACGGUCACAGCGGUGAAGAAUACCAACUCGCGUUCGAGAAGUUCCCGAACGCCGCCCUCGCCAAGACUUACAAUGUAGACAAGCAAGUACCGGAUUCCGCGGGGACGGCUACUGCCAUAUUUUCUGGUGUGAAAACUAAAUAUAGACUUAUUGGAUUGGAUGGCAGGGCUGAGACAAGCAAGUGCGACCCAAAAAUCAACGAAUUAAGCAAAGUUACGACAGUAGCCGAUUGGGCACAGCAAUCCGGCAUGGACACUGGAUUUGUUACCACCACCCGUAUCACCCAUGCCACUCCGGCGGGACUUUACGCGCACAUUAAUCAUCGAGAUUGGGAAUGCGAUAGCGCAGUACCGAAGAAUCAACAAUUUUGCGUCAAAGACAUCGCGAAACAACUCGUUGAGGAUAAACCAGGAAAUCAGUUUAAGGUUAUCUUGGGUGGCGGAGCACAACAAAUGGGCUUGAAGAUGAACUCGAGUGACUCCAACUCCUGCCUGCGAUCUGAUGGCAGAAACUUAGUGAAGGAAUGGCAAGAGAAACAUCCCAAGGGAAAGGCCGUCACCAACAUGCAAGACCUCAUGUCUAUCGACAUAAGCAACACAUCGCACAUCCUCGGUGUUUUCUCGCCUGGCCACAUGCCCUUUCACUCCGUAAAGACUGACGAGACACCCUCGCUAGCGAAUAUGACGACGCAAGCUAUAAAAUUGCUGAAGAAAAACAAAAAUGGAUUUCUGCUAAUGGUCGAAAGUGGCAAAAUCGAUACGGCUCACCACGGUAAUUGGGCGCAACUGGCAAUGCGGGAGUUGUACGAGCUCGAUGAGGCAGUUAAAGUGGCUCUAAGGCUGUUAAAUAUGAAGGAAACGUUAAUCAUCGUCACAGCUGAUCACUCGCAUUCAUUUACGUUGAAUGGAUAUCCCGAGAGAGGCCAUGACAUCCUAGGUUUCACCAAAAAAACUUCUGACCAACCAGCAUACGAAACGCUCUCCUACGCUAACGGUCCGGGCUUCUUCUAUCAUCGAAGAAACGACAGCAACAACGUUAACGAGACCUGGAGAAGCGUCGAGGAGGAUCCGAAUCGUAACGAACCCUUUUACAGACACUUUGCUGGCAAAUACCUCAAAGACGAGUCUCACGGCGGAGAAGAUGUCGGGGUGUAUGCCUCCGGUCCCUACUCGCACUUGUUCCGAGGUACUUUCGAGCAGAAUUAUAUUGCUCAUGCCGUGGCGUAUGCGGCAUGCUUGAAAGACUGGCCGUCUCAUUGUGACAGCGCUUACCAUCGUUACUUUUACGACGUCAAUACGGUAUCGCAAAACCUUAGGAAAAAUUCAUCCGGACAAGGCGCGGUACCGUCUGCGGUAAUAAUAACUUUCCUGAUUACGGCGAUCUUUAUAUGGCUGUGAUAAAACGUUAUGGCAUUUUCUGUUCGUAGCCAGAUAAAUGAUGAUGCGCCGCGAAAAGAACUCACAUUUCCAGUAAUUGGUACAAAUAAUAUUUAAGUACAAAUAAUAUUUAUUUAAUAGACACCAUUUCCUUAUUCCUUUACCAAGGAAUAACUCUAAAUGCAGAUCAUGAUAUACGAUACGCGAUAAGAUUUCUUUUGCGGUGCACACUUGCGGUCUUUAUAAUAUACUAAACAAGUUGGGAUCACAAAUACCGUCACAUCUGUUUUCUGUAAUCUCUUUAUAUCAUUUUCUGUUUUCUGCAAUCUCUUUAUAUCAUUUCUCAUAGAUGUAAUUACACUUUGAUGAUAUAUUAUUGUCUAUAAUUUUAUUUAUUGUGAUGUCUAGAGCUCAGCAAAUAAUCGCGGUGUUUAUAUAUCGCGAGUUUUAUAUUAACAUAAGUAACACGAUGAUUUUUUUUUUGCAUUAUUACAGCAACGAUGACGAAUUUAUUUUCAAACAUGGAGAAACUCUUGGGCGGCAUUAUCCACAUAUUAACACAGGUUUACAGGAUAUCGAAAUGAUAGGAAAGUGUUAAUAACCGUUACGUCUUCGUAACAUAACACAUUACCAUGUUUCAGAAAAAAAAAUAAUAUCACCGUUGAAUUAUCACGAUAAAAUUUUCUUUAAUAUUUUAUAAUGAGAUUUUAA